UUUCAGAGUCAGGGUGGAAAAGUUGCCGAGGGAGAGAGACAAGGGGGGAAAAAAAAGUUUUGGCAGAAACUUUGGGAAUGAUGAGAAGUCGGAAGGGGAAAGGUGGACAUCGCGGGGAUGAAAACUCCAGCCGGUCUGAGAGUAGGAAUGUGGCGGAAUUUCCCUCGGCUCCAGCCGGCGUCUCCUUGCUGUGGAUCUUCCUUUUGCUGCUGAUAGCUUGCGGAGGCGGCGGUUUUGGCUGCUGGUAUAUCCAGCAACAGCUCCACACAAUCGCCAGCCUCGAUCAGACCAUCCAAACUCUGCAAAAGAAGCUGUCUCAGUUCGAUACGAUCCAGGUUCAAGUGAAUGAGUUGAGCCAGAAGUUGUUGACCACAGAAGAAUAUGAACAAAGGCUGUUGAAUCUUGAAGUUGCUCAGUCUGAUUCGGAACGUAAAGUGGAUAAGACAGUAGUAGCUGUGGCACAGAUUCAAGCCUCUGAUCUGGAAAGUAAGUUGGCUUUUCUUCAAACAGAAGUGAGUGAGCUCAGGAAGAAUUUGCUAACAAAAACAGAGUUGAAGCACGUGGAGGAUACAAUUGAAAUUCUCAGAGAAACUGAAUUUCCAAGGACUGAGCAGCAAAUUGCAAGUGUGAAGUCUACAAGUUCAAAAUUGGAAGAAAGUGUAAGCUCACUCUCUGCGUCAUUGUCAAGUUUAAUGGAUCGAAUUACAAGCCUAGAACUUGAGAGUCAGGACCUUCAAGCUUUUCAGCAAAGUGCUGAGGAGAUGAAUGCAGUCAAAGACUUUGUGGACCAUAAUCUUCCUUCCCUCUCCAAUGGUGUAACUGCAUUAACAAAACAGUUAAAUCAGACAACUCUGCUGACUGAUGCUAUUCAGUCACAGGUAGCACAACAUAGCAAUGAGCUACUGGGACUUAAAGAGACUGCUUCAGCCCAACAAGCAGAAUACCUCUCCAAUAAAGAAGACCUGCAAAAUAUCAGGGAACUGACCUAUCAGUUACAAAAGGAAAAGAUUUCUGUGGAAGAACUCAGAAAGGCAGUACAAAGUACUGUAGCUGACAGUCUUAGCCAGCUAAUAAACAGAAAUGAUAAAAUGGACGAAAUGAUAGCCAACCUACAAAAUCACAUCAUAGAGGUUGCAAGUAAUGGGAUAAAUCAAAGUAAACAGCUAGCAGAUGCCUUGGAUGAAAGAGUUCAUUCCGUGCAAAAGAACUUGGAGAAAAUUGAAACAGCUCUUAAGAGCACUGUUGAGCACUGUCUUUCAGGUGAAGUAAGAACUUAUUGUGAAACUGCAGACAACUGUGCUUGGCCACACAUUCGCGAAGUUAACUUCCCUCAUCGCAUAUUGAAGGAUCCUGUGGUUAUGCUGAGCUUGGCUGAAAUCAGCUCAGUUGAUUCAAUUGGAGUAACAGUAAAAGCUGUUGAUAUUACAGACUCUGGCUUUAAGAUCCAAGUUAAUAAUGUUGGUAAUUAUAAACUGUCAACUGUGAGAGUAAACUGGAUGGCAUGUGCAUAACAAAAGUUGCUCAAAAUCUGCAAACUGCCAUGAGAAUUGAAUCCAGUUGACUCACCAACUGCUCAAAGAGUACAUGGAAAGGAAGAUCUUUUGGAGACUAAUAAUCAAUAGGAAGACUGCUUUUCAAAGCUUAUUGAAUUAAUUCAAUGAACAAGUUUAAAAUUAAUUAUUACCGUAACUGACAUUCUACCACUGCAAAUGGAUUGAAUGUAAAUAUAAUUUCCAUCAGGAUAUUGGUAAGUGCUACAUUCGAGGAACAAAUCUUCACUUCACAAAAUGACAAUUUUAAAGUAAGAAUACACAGCUAUGUAGUGUAGGGAUAUUAGAAUCACAACACCAUACUUGGGUUACUUAAGGGAUUCAGGUUUGGUAGAACAAUCCAACAAAUUGCUCCAUAGUUGAAUGCUAAGGCCACAGAAAAUAACUAAGGAGCUGUUCUGAGUAAUCUCAAAUGUAUAUUGUUAUUCCGCUGUUUAUUUAUUUAUUUCGGAACUGAAGUUUGUUCAAAUGCUGACACAGAAAGAAAAACGUAACCAAAGAUUUUUAAUUUAAUGCUGAAAUUUCAGGUUGCAAGCAUGGGGGUCAUACAAAUGAGUGAAACUAUAUAAGGGUUGCAACUUCAGAAUGAAUAUAAGAAUGUUAGGAUACAGUACUAACCCCUCAAGCCAUCCCAUUAGAUCGUGGUUUAGAUAUAAGUAAACUGUCUCUACCCCAUAUACCUUGAUUCCUUUGUUGAACAAGACUUGAUAGUACAUCUGUCUUGAAAGACUUAAUUGUUUCAGCAGCUGCAGCUUUUUACUUUUGUUUAUUUUAAGUAAACAUUCAAAUUUUUACUAUCACUUGCGUUUGUGGAAAGAAAGUCCUUCCUAACUUUGCUCCUAAAUGGCCAGUUUCCAAUUAAGAUGUGACCUUUGUAAUAUUAUCGUAUAAUGAAAUAGCAUAGAAUCAGAAACUGUCGAAUUUGUUUAACUCUUUAAAUACCUCAAUCAGAUUACUUAUCAAAUUUAGGCUCGACAAUAUAAGUCAGGAAGGCUCUUAUGGUGUAGUGGUAAUGUCUGCCUCCCUGGGUAGGAAGGUAUGGGUUUAACUCUCUCUUGUCCCAAAGGUGUGAUUAUAACAUGUCCAAACUGUUUAAUUAAAACAACUAUCCUUUGAGGUGCAGUGCACAACAUUAAUGCAGCACUCCAAAUGGACUCUGACCAAGGCAAUAACAAAACUUAGUUUACUUUAUUUGUAUUCCAGCUGACUUGAGAUAAAGGUCAGUACUCUCCUUGCGUGUUUGUUUGCUUUUUAUACCUGUUACUUAUCUAAAAUUUAAUUGCUGACCAUGUUCAAAAAAAAUACUGAGUUUGUUUGCUUUUGGAGUGAAUGACGUUACCCUCGCCCAUACCAAUUUUGGUUAAGUCAGCAAAACAACAAUUUCCUUUUUCUUCUUUGUACCUUUCGUACUGUUGGCCCGAUAUACUGCCCCUCGUUGGCACUCAUCUGCAAAUUUGAAACUGCGGUCCUUCACCCAAGGUAUACAAAAUGCAGUAAAAUGUUGAGGCCACAGAAUAUAUCCAUUGAAACAUCACUCAACACACUUGUACGUAAACUCUAACUGUCGCAAUCUUGGGUCAGUAUUUUGUUGGAGAUGCCCAGUCUCUGUUGCUGGCAAAGCCUGUUUAAGGAAAUGCCUACUGAAUUAAGUAGGUACUAACCGCUUAGGCACUUAACUGGACAAAUGUGGCAGCUCAGUUGAAAAGUAGCACCAUUGGGAGGAUCCGAGAUAACAAAGUGUGGAGCUGGAUGAACACAGCAGGCCAAGCAGCAUCUUAGGAGCACAAAAGCUGACGUUUCGAACCUAGACCCUUCAUCUGAAAAAGGCUUCAUCAGCUCAACACCUUGUUAUCUCCAAUUCUCUGGCAUCUGCAGCUCCCGUUAUCUCUGGCCAUUGGGAGAAUGGUCGUUGCUGCUAGUCUAACACUCUGAGGCUUAGUAUUGUUGCUGGAUUCCAGUUCAGGUUUGGUGAUCAGGGAGGUGGUUUGAGGGAGAUAUCAAUGUCACAAAUUACGCCAUAACCUUGAGACAGGCUUUAAUUUAAAAAAAGAAGCUGUUGUUUUCACAACUGUUCCUCCGAGGGGUGUUUCAUUGUUCAGGCACAAGAACAAAAACUGAUCCAGUAAUUUAAUAAUUUCAGUAUAAAGCCAAGUACAAUGUUUGCAGACUCUUUUUAUUUUAAAAGUCUACAUUAUUGGAGCACUGCAAGUGACUGUCUUUUUAAAAAAGAAGUAAUCUUGACAAUUUUGGGUACAAGAGAGUUUGUUAUUACAGCCAUGAACGAACAGUUUACUGAAUUUAUACACUUUUUAAAAACUGAACUGUGAGCAGUGUUUUGUUUUGACUUCAUUGAUAUACGUGAUCAGUACAUCUAAUUGGAAAUACUAGUAUGAUCACCAUAGUGAUGAAUCAUACUUGUUGUUCAAACUGCCAAGUGACCAGCUGUUUGUUCUUGAAAUGCUUAAUGUGUAUAAAUACAUUAUUUGUGUGAUUUGAUUUCUUUCACAAUACAGUCAUUAUUUUCUA